AUCAAUUCCCAUCAUGCAAAUGAACUUUUUCCCUCGAAAUUGUCCCGUCUGCCGUAUCACGAAAUGGGAAAAUGAGAGCUACGAAAGGAGUAACCAGGCAGAUGAAAUUGAACAUAAGUUAACGUGCACAUAGACACAUUAAAUAUGGAACAGUACCGCAGUUGUAUUACGACGGUUCGUUAUGACAUAGAAGUUGUACGGUGUUCUGUCUUUCUUCGUUUUUGUUGUUAGCUACAUGGACGUUGAACUAGCUGGCUAACGUUAGCCACCUCCCUGUCGCGAGCAACGCCGGGGUGGAUAUCUUCGUUUAGGCUUCGGCUCAUCACCGUACUGCAGUAUGUUACAGUGGCUAAAAAGAGGGCCAGGGCUCGGUUAUAGCAUUUGAGCGUUACCGCUGUGCAAAAACAGCGUCGGUUCAAACCAUUGGUCAAAAAUGCACAACCCUUUGCAAGCUAUAAUUAAUUCCAUAUUCUAUGCAAGUUAGCCAGCCAGCUUAGUCAGUAGUUAAUAUGAUGGUGCAGUACAGAAAUUAAUUGCAAGUAACGUUUCAGUGCCCGUGGUACAGUGCUGCCGUUGUAUUCCCGAAAAGUUUCCAACUUGGGGAUCAUACAAGGCAGCAUGGAGCGAGGAGACACCAUGGAGCGAGCUGGCAGCAUCCAACUGGACAUCCCUGACUUCAGCAACUCUGUGCUGUCCCACCUGAACCAGCUGCGUAUGCAGGGGCGGCUGUGCGACAUUGUGGUGAACGUGCAGGGCCAGAGCUUCCGUGCUCACAAGGUGGUACUGGCUGCCAGUUCCCCUUACUUCCGAGACCACAUGUCGCUGAGCCAGAUGAGCACCGUAUCCCUGUCAGUCAUCCGCAAUCCCUCUGUGUUCGAGCAGCUCCUCUCCUUCUGCUACACCGGGAGGCUGUGCAUGCAGCUGGCGGACAUCAUCAGCUACCUGACAGCUGCCAGCUUCCUGCAGAUGCAGCACAUCAUCGACCGCUGCACCCAGAUCCUGGAGGGCAUCCAUCUGAAGAUCAGCCUGGCGGAUGUGGAGGAGGAGCUGGGUGCCGGAGUGAGGCACAGGGGGGCUGGGAGCUUGGAGGCCAGAAGAGGAGGAGGGGGGUUAGGAACAUCAGGGGGCUCGCGCUCCCUUAGCCCGCGCCACAGCAGCCCCAGGGUUCUGGGCCUUCGAGGAAGCAGUGCUGGAGGGGCCUUGGAUAUCCGGGAGGUGGGAAGCCCAGCGGGGGAGUCCAUGAGCCCCCAGAUGGUGGAGCACAGCGGGCUGGGCCCAGAGGGGCUGGCUAGGGGGGUGGUAGUGGGCAGCAGGCUGGGGAAGGAGCCCAUACUGCGCAUCAAUCGGGCUGGCCAGUGGUACGUGGAGGCCGAGUCAGAGAGAGGGAGUGGUGGUGAAGAGGGGGAGUCAGUGCGGGUGGUGGACGGGUUGAGGAUAAAGACUGAGAGGUUGGAGGAGUGGAUGGGGGCCGAUACCCAGGAGGAAGGGAGCGGGGCGGAGGAGGGAGCAGCCAUGAUGAUCGACACGUCCGGGCGCAGCUCAUUGGUGCAGGAGGGUUUUGUCACGGGGGCCAAAAGCUCUCAGCCCUCCAGCAGCUUCAGUGAGACAGAGAGGUUUAGUCCUACUGGCAGUGUGGUGGUGAUGGCCGAGAGACAGAGAGCCAAAAGUGAGUCACCCAGCAGAGCGGACAACCAGCGCCACACCAGCUCACAGGGGGAGGAGCAGGCCGUGUUCGACAUGGGUGGUUACGAGGAGUACCUGCGUGAGCAGGUGGGUGACCGCUGGUUCCGCUACAACCCUCGGCUCACCUGCAUCUACUGCUGCAAGUCCUUCAACCAGAAGGGCAGCCUGGACCGCCACAUGCGGCUGCACAUGGGCAUCACACCUUUCGUUUGUCGCAUCUGCGGCAAGAAGUACACCCGCAAGGACCAGCUGGAGUACCACAUUCGCAAGCACACAGGAAACAAGCCCUUCCAUUGCCACGUCUGCGGCAAAAGCUUCCCCUUCCAGGCCAUCCUCAACCAGCACUUCCGCAAGAACCACCCGGGCUGCGCCCCUCAGGAGGUGGCCCACAGUGCCUCCCCAGAGACCACCACCGUCUCCUCCCGGGGGGGCCAGAACGAGGAGGAGUCGCCCAGCCAGGAGGAGCCAGAGGGGGGUAGCAAUGGAGGAGGGGCCUCUUUUGGAGAGGGUGCCCAAGCCUCGGUCUCCACCACUGGGCCUGAUUGACUCAGUGGACCAUGGAGGGAGAUGGUUGGGGUAUGGGAGAACAGGGUAUUAGGUUUUUUUUGGGGGGCAGGCAGGCAGGCAAUUAGGCUGUCAUUUUGUGCUCUCCUGCCAGGCGAAGGAAUAUAUAUCUUGAAGUUGCUUCAAAGGAAAGGAUGGAAAGGGAGUAGGUGAUUUCAGAGGGUUUCAAGUCCAUCCAGGGUGUUAUUUUUAUAAGCAUUUUUCAAAUCCCUUCAACUAAACAGCAGGGACGGGAGUUCCAGAAUGAUGCAAAAGAGUAGUUUGAUAGGGCACUUUGUAUUAUAUAGUUAUUUAUAAGUGAUAUGUCCGCUUUAAACCACAUCUACCUUCAUAACACAAACUGAACAGAUAAAUCGAACACAUGAAGAAAUGCCACACUCUAAUAACUUCAUACAACACUGAAUGCCCAUAGUUUUUAUUUGACUGUCUAUUUUCCCAUGUUACAGUUUUAUACUUUUGUAUUACCGGUUUACAGGUUCAGAAUGCAGAAAAAUAGCAGGCUGAACUGGUCACAGUUUGGUCAUAUUGUAUUAAUAUUGCCAAAACACUGUGCCAGUAUAAUAACUACAUACAUACAUACAUACUCUCCAUCUUUUUCCUUUUGCCUUGAGACAAUCUUGAGCAGUUGGGGGUCAAUGAUAGAUAAUCAGACUCUUCAUAUAUGCUCAUUUUAAGUGCCAGAAUGGCUUUAAAAAAUGCAAUUGCACAUGAAUAGUAGACAUGGCCCAGUGAACAAAAAAACUGUUAAUUUGGUAGUAAUAAGUGCAAUGAUGAAAAUAACACAACCUUCUUGACAGAUGUCAAGAAGACCGAAGGGUCAACAUGGCUAAAUGCUUUCGAAAGUGUAACAUUAUUUAAUCAGUACAACAAUUUUACAGAUGUAUUGUGAAAGAGGACUCUUGAUCCAUCUGUAAUUUGCCGUUUAAAACCUCAUAUCUCUACAUACUUCAACUAGCUGCUGAAUGCAUACUUAUAUACAGGAAUGCAAAACACAGGAAACUCAAUGGUCUUCAACCUCCGAUAAGCUACAAUAAAACUCAGUUACCUCUCACACAUCACUACGCAAUACAGGUCUGCUCCAAGCAGAUUGGUCGAUACACUCAGCAGAAUUUACCGUAUGUAAUUGUUUUCUCAUUUUUCUAUGUUGUGUGUCCACGUUAACUACUUUUUUUAAUGAUUUUUUUUUAAGUGACAAGAUUUUUUCCCCCGCAUAGAUCUCAUGUCUUUCGGAACAUUUUUGUAUCUAGCUCUGACAAUGUAUCUGGAGGACAUAGAGACGAGACGGGAUUGUAAUGGGGGACACUCGUAUCCCUAUCGGGGGACUCCUAAGGAGGAGCAGGAUGGGAGACUAAUAAGACCUUGCGGCUGUACUGUAGUACCACCCAAGAGAAAGCAGGAGGUCACUGACUGCCACGGAUGGCCUGUCACCAGAGGAUAGACACGCAGCCUGCGUGCUUGCUACAGUAGAAUGUGCUCCUUUGGCAAUCCAUAAGAGGCAUCCUGGCAACCAAUGGAAUUGAGAGGAUAAGCCAAGGAACUUAUCCCCCCCCCCCCUCGCAUGGAGGCCAACAUUACUAUGCCAAGCACUUAAAGGAGGGGUUUGAAAGGAUAGCAUUUAAGAAUUAUGUAAAAGGUAUAUAUCGCAUAUGCAUAUUUAAACACAUUUGUUGCUAUAUAAGAGUAAAGAGAACCUAAACUUUCUAAGAUUUUGAACACAGAUAUAAUGGUAGCAUAGUGGAUUGGCUGUUCUC